AUGGGCGCACCUGGGCCAGACUCAUGGAUGUUCGCGGUCGCCUACAGCUCCAGGUACAGCACGCGCUCGCGGCUGCUGCUCACGGGGCUCGCCAUGGCGAUGGGCGUCCUCACCCGCCUCUUCUACCUCGCCGUCUCCCACGCCUGCAGCCGCCGUCCGAGCGCGGAGGACCAUGAGGCCGGCGGCAUCACCGACGCCGCCGUGAUCGCAGUGGCGGACGCGCAGACCCCGCCGAUGGACUGCGCGGUGUGCCUCGGGCAGGUGGAGGCCGGCGAGAAGCUGCGCCGGCUCCCCGGGUGCAGCCAUCUCUUCCACGCCGACUGCGUCCAUGCCUGGCUGCGCGCGCACUCCACGUGCCCCGUGUGCCGCGCCGCCACCAAUUCCUCCAAGAAGGAUGACGCCACCACGGCGGCGGCGGCAACAGCAGCGCUGCCACCAGGCGUGACCACUGGCUCGGCGCCGCCAGCUGCCUUGGAAACAGUGAAUGGAAUAACAUGA